AGGUACCUAAUGAACCACCACGAGAGGAAGCCAAAGUCAUAAUUUGCCAACACCUCUGCUCUGCCACUCUCACAGCCGUUGCCUGCUUUCCGGUGCUACUGCUCCGCAGCGCUCUUGUGCUUUCGCCGCGCAUGGAAGUAGAAAACGCCAACGUUUCUGAGGCUCAAAGAAUCAUGUUCAGGUAUGCAGUAGUUACAGGGGGCAACAAGGGGAUUGGACUGGAGAUAUGCCGGCGUCUAGCGUCGGAAGGGAUCGUUGUCGUGUUGACGGCAAGAGACGAGAAGAAGGGUGCCGGAGCUGUUGAAGAUCUUAAGGUUUCUGGGCUGUCAAAUGUGGUUCUUCAUCAGCUUGAUGUCAAGGAUGCAGCCAGCAUUGCUUCCCUCGCGAGGUUUCUGCAAACUGAGUUCGGAAAACUUGAUAUCCUGGUCAAUAAUGCAGGGGAAAGUGGAGCUAUAAUAGAUGAUGAAGCUUUCAGAGCCUUCAUUCUUGCAGGUGGCACUGUGAACGAUGAGAAUGCAGAAUCACUGAAAUUCAUGGUGCAGACUUAUGAUAAGGCAGCGAAUUGUGUUAAGACUAAUUACUAUGGCACAAAAGGAGUGACUGAAGCUCUACUUCCUCUCCUCCAACUCUCGGGGUCGCCAAGAAUAGUCAAUGUCUCCUCACGUUUCGGACUGUUGAGGUUUAUCAAGAAUGAGAGGGCUCGAUCAGAGCUGGAAGAUGUUGAGAGACUUAGUGAAGAUGCGAUAGACAAGAUUUUGCAGAUGUUUCUAAGGGAUUUUAAGGAAGACAAGCUAAAGGCAAAUGGUUGGCCUACCAUAUCAUCCGCCUACAGAGUGUCUAAAGCUGCCAUAAAUGGAUAUACAAGGAUCCUAGCGAGGAGAUUCCCUCGUUUUCGGGUUAACUGUGUUCAUCCUGGACGUGUCAAGACAGAUUUGACAUAUCACAUGGGAAACUUGACACCAGAAGAAGGUGCCAGAGCUCCAGUGGUGCUGGCGUUGUUGCCUGAUGAUGGACCUUCUGGCCUCUACUUUGACGAGAUGAAUGCAUCAUCCUUCCAGUGAUGAGCAUCCCACAAUUUUCUGAUUAUAGAUUGUGAAACAUGGGCAUGUGUAUCUUUCGGGAGGAGGGGCAAGGGCACCAGCUGAUGGCAGUGAAAUAGUAUUCCUUUCGAUCUUUUAAGUUCAAUAUUGAGCUC